AUGGCGACGGGGGUGAGGAGGAGUCAUGGCGACGGGGGUGAGGAGGAGUCAUGGCGACGGGGGUGGGGAGGAGUCAUGGCGACGGGGGUGGGGAGGAGUCAUGGCGACGGGGGUGGGGAGGAGUCAUGGCGACGGGGGUGGGGAGGAGUCAUGGCGACGGGGGUGGGGAGGAGUCAUGGCGACGGGGGUGGGGAGGAGUCAUGGCGACGGGGGUGGGGAGGAGUCAUGGCGACGGGGGUGGGGAGGAGUCAUGGCGACCGGAGUGGGGAGGAGUCAUGGCGACGCGAGUGGGGAGGAGUCAUGGCGACAGGAGUGGGGGAGGAGUCAUGGCGACGCGAGUGGGGUGGAGCUCCCACCACCCUCGCCUUGUCAACACUUGGAACCCAGCACGUGAGAGACGAGGCUGGUAAAGCGGCAGAGUUGAAGUGGCUCAACGUUACACAUCUUCAAGUGACUGUCCCACUUGUUGCAAGUGGUUGCGUCACUGGUUGCAAGUGGUCGCCUCACUGA